AGUCUCUUGACUGAAAGCUCAUGAUCGUGACAAGCCUAGCUAGCAACAAAAUCAGUGGGAAAAUUAAGCAAUUUUCGGAUCACUUUUGCUUGACCUGCAGGCUUCUUGAUCGCGGAUAGCUAGCUAGCUAAGUAGAAUUCAUCAUGUCAAAUGUUUCCAAACCGCAAAAAAGUCAGAGAAACCCGAAGUGUGCCAGAUGCAGAAAUCAUGGAUUCAUUGUUCAACUCAAGGGACAUUCUGGGCAGUGUCAAUUUCUUAAAUGCAACUGUUGGAAAUGUUCUCUGGUUGCAGAGAGAACGAAAAUAAUGGCAUUCCAAAGACGGAUCAAGAAAACUAACAAAGAAGAAUCAGCACUUAAUUUGGCGUGGUCAAGGCCGGGUGAUACAGCGGUUGAUGGCACUUUGAGCGGCCGGGAGGAAAGCGCUCAUCUGCCCGACACAUCUGGGGUGAUGUCUCCUGGCCCUGGAACCCGUACAGAGACAGUCAUCAAGAUGCCACCACAACGGUUUAAAGAGGCAGACGGCAGGACCUAUGCGGAGAUGGAGGUCCCCAUGGCAGCAGUGGCCGACGACAAGUCUGCCAAGGAUGGCCUCGGCCCAUGGAACACCCCUGGAGGUGGUGAUCAUCGUGUGGAAGAUGGUCGUUAUGGGGCACCUUGGAGUGGGAUUCAGGAUGCGCCUUCAGUGAUGAGUCGAAGCGGCCCACAUUUCCCCAGCGACUAUGUUAUAGCGGAGGUUGGCGGCCAGAGAGACAUGUACUCUGGAGAAAUGGUGGCCAUGCAGUUCCCCUUCAAGUUCUACUCGCGUUACCCCAAUGGCUAUGCGGCUUGUCCGGCCAUUCUGGUGAACAUGCCGCUGCCACCACCAGGGUCUUUCAAGGUCGGACAUGGUCCAAUGGGUUUUCCUCACUUUCCACCACCUGGCCCGAUGCACUACCCACCUGAGCCAGGUCCUAUCAACGGUGGCAGAGCGCCCUUUGCCCCUCACCUCCCUGGCAGUGACAUUCGUCCUGGAAGCUACCCGGAGGAGCUGGUUCGGAGGUCGCAUCCACCACCACAGCCUUCUCUACCUAAGGACAGAGAACAUGGUACAGGUGGACAUCCCCAAAGCAGCCAAGGGGCAGAGGGCAGCUCAAUGGAAAACGACUCCUCUUCCCAGAACACUGUGUGAGGGCGAAGGCCAUGUGGUUGGCACCCUGACAGCCUUACCAUAUAUCCACUUGAGAAAAAUCAUCUUUACCCUUUCUGUUGUGUAAUUAUACGGCACCAAAGACUUAGCUAAGUCACGGUUGACAUUUACCAUGUUACACCCCGUAGUGUAGUUCAUUAUGCACAGGGGUUUCAAUUCUCAUUUAACACACAAUAACAACCAUUGGAUAAAAUAACAACAACACAACAAUAAUCUGCUAUCAUUUCUGUAAGGAAAAAAUUGAAAUGUGUUACUUUUUAGAUACAGAAGCAAUUUUAAAAAAAUGAUUUAAUAAAUACUUUUUAACAGUCUUAUAUUUAUAGCAGUUGUGAUAGUCAAAUAUAAUCCCAUAUUUGUUUGGUAAAAAAAAAUGUAUUGGCCUUGAAUUACGAGUCAUUUGUUUUGGCUUAUCUUUAUCAGGAACAAUGUUUUCUUCCUCAUUCAGUUAAUUAGUCAGUUCAGCUGUAUUAUGUUCACAGCCAUGUUGCAGUGUUCAUGAAAUAAAUAUAUAUAUAACAGAAAAUCAAUGCUGUUUCCUGUUCGUAAACAGCUGCUUU